AUGGUGCAGUUGAGUUUCCAUAGUGUCGAAAGUUAUUUCGUUUGUUUCGAAAGUUUUUGCCACCAGUGUUUUAAUUGUUUUUCAGCUAUUAAUGAAUUAGUACUGUGUGGAAAUCUUGGAGAUUAUACACGUGAACAUGUUUGGGAAGCAGAAGCCAUUGUUUCCAGUUCACUUUUGGUUGCCGUUAUUGCUGCUGGCUCAGUUGGUUACCUAAUAUCAUGCAACAAUCUGCGAAUGAAUGCGGUGAAGAGAGCACCAUCAGGAUUGAUAUUAGCAAAGUUUUCGAAGAACUAA